GGGUUUGGGCGGCUCCUCGGCGGGUGGCGGUGGUGGCCCUAGCGGUUCCUCCUGGCCCUGUUAAUGUCAGGGCCAAGCCCGGGGAGGAUGGCGCCCUAGAGCCCGGUCUUGCUGGGGCAGGGGCGGGAGGGGGCCGGGGCGGGGACCGGCCAUGUCGGAGGUGACCCGGAGUCUGCUGCAGCGCUGGGGCGCCAGUCUUAGGAGAGGCGCCGACUUCGACUCUUGGGGCCAGCUGGUGGAGGCGAUAGACGAGUAUCAGAUAUUAGCAAGACACCUACAGAAGGAGGCCCAGGCUCAACACAAUAAUUCUGAAUUCACAGAAGAGCAAAAGAAAACCAUAGGCAAAAUUGCCACAUGUUUAGAAUUGAGAAGUGCAGCAUUACAGUCCACACAGUCCCAAGAAGAAUUUAAACUGGAGGACCUGAAGAAGCUAGAGCCAAUCCUGAAGAAUAUUCUUACAUAUAACAAAGAAUUCCCAUUUGAUGUUCAGCCUAUCCCAUUAAGACGGAUUUUAGCACCUGGUGAAGAAGAGAAUUUGGAAUUUGAAGAAGAUGAAGAAGGUGGAGCUGGGGCAGGACCUCCUGAUUCUUUUUCUGCUCGAGUUCCUGGUACUUUAUUGCCACGGUUGCCAUCAGAACCAGGGAUGACGUUACUCACUAUCAGAAUUGAGAAAAUUGGUCUGAAAGAUGCGGGGCAGUGCAUCGACCCCUACAUUACAGUCAGUGUGAAGGAUUUGAAUGGCAUAGAUUUAACUCCUGUACAAGAUACUCCUGUGGCUUCAAGAAAAGAAGAUACAUAUGUUCAUUUUAAUGUGGACAUUGAGCUCCAGAAGCAUGUUGAAAAAUUAACCAAAGGUGCGGCCAUCUUCUUUGAAUUCAAACAUUACAAGCCUAAAAAGAGGUUCACCAGCACCAAAUGUUUUGCCUUCAUGGAAAUGGAUGAAAUUAAACCUGGGCCAAUUGUAAUAGAAUUAUACAAGAAACCCACUGACUUUAAAAGAAAAAAAUUACAAUUAUUGACCAAGAAACCACUUUAUCUUCAUCUACAUCAAACUUUGCACAAGGAAUGAUCCUGAUACAAAUAACCUGGAACUUAUGUGAAUUUUACCACUCAGAAACCAUCAAAGCUCUGUGUAGCAUAUCACUCAUCAACAGGCAGGAAAUGAGCCCUUAACCAUGCCAGUUGGCCAGCAAUCCAUUGCAAAGCCGGACCCCAGAACUCAAAAGUUCAGCACAUCACUAACAUAUUGGAUACAGGUUCAUUGUAGAUUUUGAAACACUUUUACUUUUCUAUUAAUUGUGCAAUUAAUUGUCUAUUCUCUUGUUACCACUCCUACUCCUCCCCUGCUUCCCGGAUAGUACUGUUGUUAUAGAUGUGCUGAACUUCGGACAAUGCAGCAAUAAGAAUGUGCUGGAGUUUACAUUUCUGCUCACCUUUGCUCCAAUAUGCUCUUCUGGAUUGAAUGUCACAUUCUGGGUUGAGGUGGGGAUAAUUGCUGAGAGGAACUGAACUAGUUAUGUUGCCUAGGAAAGUCUGUCUGGAAGCUUAUACUCAUUAGAAGUGGCCUACCCGAAUGCCAUAUAUCUCCUGCAUAGAAAGUGUGCCCUAGCCAGUUGGGAAUCCCCAUGGAGUGUUCCCCAGAUGACCAGAUUGGUUUCCUGGAGUGAACACAUGUAUAGUCAGGUGGUUAUCUGCUCUUCUCUGUCACUGCUAUUCUUCCUGGUAGACUCUGGGGCUAACACUGGAACCAUCUCAGAGUAACUCCAGGUUUUAAAUGUGUUUACAAUAUCUUUUAAAUUGCAUCAUUAGGAAGAGUUGAGUCAGAUGUUAAAAUACUGCAGAUAACUAAUGCUUCCUGAUAACCCAUUGUGAGACCAUAAGACCGCAUACCUCUCCUUAGUAUGCAAAAUCUGGAAAGAUGGUUUAUUUUUUUUAAUAUAGGCAGAUAGAAUCGCCAUUUAGUUCCUAUUUAGAUAUACAGUCAUUCAUUCCUUUGGAAAAUAUGCAGGUCAUUCGUUAUUUUAAAUUGACUAUUUUCUUGCGAUGUACGAGUCAUAAACAAAACUUUCAUAUAGCACAUGAUGGAUAGUUGUUACACAGAACAUUAACAUUUGUGAAGGGCUUUCUGUGGGUUAGACAUAGAACCCACGCAUUUUAAUAUUCACUUUCCAAUGAACAGGGCAUGAGUGGACUGCACUGUCAGUACUGGGCCUGUUUUUAAAUAGUAUAACCUCAUCACACCAUUCAGUAUGUUUGCUUUUUAAGUAAGUAAUCUCCAUGAAGAUGUUUUAACCUUGCCCUUCAAGAGACAUAGUCUUGACUUUCAGCACCAACUAGUUACUGUUUACUAAAAGGAUGUUAUAAAAACUGUAUUUCAGGCUCAACCUGAAAAAGGUCCACAGCCAAAUUAGACUUUAUUUGGAUUAUUUCCAAAUGAAGAAAUAGUUUCAACUAUACUAGCACUAGGAGAUGAAGAAUUUGCCUUAAGUUAACUCAUCAUCUGACUCCUAAGCUUUGGGUUGUGGAUCCGAAGACUGUAAGCUUCUCAAGGGGCAAGAGCCACAUCUCUGGGUCAUGGGAAGGGUCUUAGGUGCUUGGCAGUACUCUGUACCUAGGGAAUACUCAGUACCCUGGACAGUACUCUGUACCUGGGGAAACUCAGUACCCUGGGCAAUACUCUGUACCUGGGGAGUACACAGUACCCCAGACAGUACUGUGUACCUGAGUAGUACUCAGUACACUGGGGCAGUACUCUGUACCUGGGGAGUACUUAGUACCUUCUGUCUGAUGUUGCUGACUAGACCUAAAAAAUAAUUCCUUCAAAGCUAUUAUUAUUAAAAUGUAGCAAAAACUGUACAUCGUGCUUUCUCUUUUAUGACAACCUUAAGACAAGUGUCAAAGUGGUAAUUUUCUGUACCGCAGCACGAAUCGAUCUCAUGAACGUGUUUAUAUGAAGUAGAGAUGCCUGCCAUCAGGGUUAAAGGGCGCUAGGGAACAGCUAGUUAGAUAGCUGGGGGCAGCUUCUGACAAAGGAACAUUUGAAAAGGAAAAAUUGUACAAAUUAGGUAUGGUGUCAUCUGUAGGCUGAUGCCUCAUUAUGGGCUUUUGUAGCAUAGGAUGUACACUCAGAUGGAGUUGAUGAAAGGCAGUGUAGACUGGCUUAGAACUGCCCAGAUACACCACACUGGGGUUUCUUUACAUCAUCUAGAUGGUGUUUAUGAUAUAUGAAAGGAUAAUCAAAGGGCUUUAGAGGUGAAAUGUUCCGGUUUUGAUUUAGAAAAAGGUGGAGAGGGUGUUACUUAGCUUUACAAAUUGUCUUCUUAGCUGCUAUAAUCUUUACUUUAUAUGCCAUCCAAACUUAGGUAGCUGGGAUAGUGAGAUAGGAUAUCAAAUUGAAAAAGCCUGAGAUACAUAGGUGAGACCAUACCUUAAAAUGGCAAAAUUUUGGAAUUAUGUUAAUGCAGUAGUAUUACAUUGUGUCUUGAGGUUGGUAGAUAUAUUCCAGAAGCUGUAUUUGCAAUUUAGUCUUACUGUUAUUCUUAUAAUAAUGGCAUAUGCUAGGGGCAUAAGAGAUGGUUCAGGGGAUAAGAGCACUUGCUGUUCUUGCAGAGGACCAGGGUUCAGUUCCCAGCACCCAAAUACAUGGUGGCUCACAACUGCCUAUAACUCUGGUUAUAGGGGAUCUGGUAGCCCUUUCUGGAACCAGAAGCAACAAACAUACAUGUGGAAUAUAUACAUACAUACAGGCAAAACACAAAUGCAUAGAAUAAAACAUGAUUUUUAAUCACA